AUGCUUCUGUACCAUGCAGGAGUUCAAAUCCUGAUGAGCAACUUAAGAGAAGAUUUUUGGAUUCUUAAAUGCAGGAAGACAAUAAGAAAUGUAAUCAGAAACUGUGUAAUAUUUAAACGAUUUAAUUUGCGGCUUAAACCGAUCAUCGAAGCUCCUCUCCCAGAAGAUCGCAUAAAGGAAGCUGCAGUUUUCAAAGUCACAGGAAUGGAUUACGCUGGCCCAUUAAUCCUAAGAAAUGGCCAGAAAGCUUGGAUUGUUAUAUUUACCUUUGCCAUUUACCGAGCUAUACAUCUGGAGUUGACAGCAUCUUUAUCGACAGAAUAUUUCUUGCAAACUCUUAGACGUUUCAUCGCUCGAAGGGGUCGACCUUCCAUCUUUUACUGUGACAAUGGUUCUAAUUUUUCAGGAGCUGAGAAUUUGUUGAAGAAAAUUGAUUGGGACGUCAUUUCCCAAUACAGCGGACCUCAAAAGAUCAUUUUGAAAUUUAAUCCCCCGUCUGUCCCAUGGUGGGGUGGGUGGUGA